CAGAUCAGCCGGCGCAAUGGAGUUAUUGUUCCGGGUCAAACCAAGCCAAACUUAAUCACUUGCGAUCUCAUCUCGUCCUGGUAUCCUUGCCAUGCAGUCUCAAAGCACGGCCUUAAUCGCAACUCAGUGAUAUCCACAUCUUUACUCUUCUGGUCACCUCGACUGGAAGCUUUCGCUAUCAAAGUCUCAUUGUUCUAUCGUUUAGGGGAUCUUCCCCGAGCCAGACGAUGCAAACUCGUCUUAGGAUUUCUCAUUUGUCCUUUUUUUUUUAUCUUUUCUUUUUUUUCAUUGGCGCACAACAAAUAACUUAUCGGCUUCGGGCGUUUUGGGCGCACCAGAUGGGUUUGCACGCAUUUUUUGCAGGGGCUUUCAAACAUUUUCAGCGCUUGGGUCCGGUUUCCCAAUGGGAUUUGCUUGCUAAACUACCCUUGAUCGUUUUUUGGAUCUUAUUUACUUGCUGCUCUCUUCACUUCUAUCUUCUUUUUCUUUUUCUUUUUUUUAUACGUUGGGUUUCAAACGGGCGGAACACGGGGAACGACGGCAUGUGUGGUCCUAGCAGCGCGUCGGAGUCUGUUUUAUUGUCGCAUUUCUCCCAUCUACAGCGGCUUCCCUUAUCCGGACACCUGAGAUGCACGGAGCGGAGCGAGUUGGCUUUUGGUUUUCUGGCUGCGUUUUGGAUGCCGGAUGGCCCUUACCUCGUCGCAGUUUUACAGCAGGUCUUGCACGGGUAGAGCGUUCGGCACUUUGGGGGUUGUGGGUGUGGGUGGGUUUGCUUGGGGAUGGGGGAAGAGGGGAGCGGUGGAGAGAGCUGCCAGGGCUGGGCUGGGCAGGGCAGGACAGGACAGGCACUGGCUGGCUGUGGCAGAGCAGAGAGCACGAUGAGAGAGCUGCGUGGAAAUGAGAAGAACCGAUGAAAAUCAGCGGACCGAAAAAAAAAAAAAAACAUGGAUU